GUGGUCAGUCAGAGUGGCGUCCAUGUAUUGAAAACUCGACCAGAGGGACGGUAUUAGCAGUGACUGUCCCGCUUGAGAGACCUGUCUACUGUCAGCAGAGAUGGGAGGUCAGGCCUCAUCCAUGGCAGAGGGCGUCCAUGUUGUCGUCGUUGGCGGUGGAUUCGGCGGGAUCGCCGCGGCUCAGCAGCUGAAAUCACAAGGAUUCAGCUUCACCCUGAUCGACAUGAGAGACGCUUUCCACCACAACGUGGCGGCACUCAGAGCGUCUGUAAAGCCUGGCUUUGCUCAGCGGACCUUCAUCCAAUAUGCAGCGACGUUUGGAGACAGUUUUGUUCAGGGCAGAGUGGAGCGAGUGAACACGGCAAUGCAGACCGUCAUCCUGGAGGGUGGGAGGGAGAUUCAUUACACCCAUCUCAUCCUGUGUACUGGGACUGAUGGAAAUUUUCCUGGAAAGUUCAACACAGUGGCGUCAUAUGAAACUGCCAUCCAAACCUACGAGGACUUUGUAAAGCAGAUCCAGGCAGCAGACUCUGUGUUAGUCAUCGGUGGAGGAUCGACAGGGGUGGAGAUGGCCGCUGAGAUCAAAACGGAGUAUCCUGAGAAGAGGGUGGUCCUGGUCCAUUCCAGAGUGGCGCUGUCAGACCCUGAGCUGCUGCCCAGCGUCAGACAGGAAGCUAAAGUGGUUCUGGUUGAGAAAGGAGUGGAGCUGCUGCUUGGUCAGAAAGUAGAGAAUAUGUCUGAGCUGAAGCUGAAUGUGACCCAGAAAAACAUGGUGGUUACCACAGAUAAAGGAACCAGUCUGACAGUUGAUCUAGUCAUCAGCUGCAUUGGACUGAAGAUCAACUCUGCUGCAUACGCCUCAAGCUUCUCCGACUGUCUGGCUGAGAACGGUGCUCUGAAGGUGAAUGAGCACCUACAGGUCAAAGGUUACUCAAAUGUUUAUGCCGUUGGCGACUGUGCCGACGUCAAUGAGCCCAAGAUGGCGUACCACGCUUCACUGCACGCUUCUGUUGCUGUUGGCAACAUCCUCAACAGCCUGACGGAGAAUCCGCUGAGUUCAUACCGCCCAGGAAGUGUCACCAUGUUGCUGGCGAUGGGCUGUGACGAUGGCGUGGGCCAGUUCAGUGGGUUUAAGUUGCCUCGCUUUGCGGUUGCCCUUGCCAAGAGUCGAGACCUGUUGUUAUGGAAGAGCUGGAGGGAAAUGGGGCAGAAACAACCCUAAAAGGAGAAGGACUGAGACCGAUCUAGACUUAAGACCCACCACACCUUAAUGAUAAAUCACCAGCCUAACUUUCAAAUACGUUUUGCAAUGCAUAUAUUUGAUGAAAAUGUUGCAGUUCUGCUUUUGUAUGGACAAAAACAUAUGACUGCAAAAAGAAACAAGACCAAACUAAUUACACUUCACUUCCAAUGGUAGCGUGUACAGUUUUGCCAAAUUUCCAGUGAUCUUGUGGAGUAAUGUCAUUAAAAUAGAAAAUCAGCUUUGAAUUUCCAAGAAGAGGAGAUAAAUUAGUCAGAAUAAUGAGAAAACAUUUGAAUUUGUCUACUUCAUCUGUAAAACAGAGUAAAAAUGGAUGUAUAUCCACCAAUGGCUCUUGUUCUUCAUAGACUAUUGCCACCAUUUUUAACUCCCUCAUUUGUACUUAAUGCUUUUAAUUUUAAAAGCUCCCUGCACACUGAAUCAAGUCAUUUAUAGGAAGGUUUAUUAUGGUAAAACUUAGAGAGACACAGCCAACACUUAGCAAACUCGCACCUGGUAUGAAAGCUGAGCUGGUGGUGGAGUGAACACACGCUGCCAGUCUGAAAAGGCCGGUUACUGCAUGAGAACAGCCACUGAGGAGCGCACUAGCCAAAUGACGUCACUCUACCAGUGUGGGCAAAAACAUGGUGACCUCCUGGGAGUUUAUAAGCUCAGAUUUACCCAAAAAUGCUGAUAUCUAGUGAGUUUUCUUGUUCAGUAUACAUAUAGGAGAUACAAACACUGUAUAUCUAUCCAAUAAGGUGAAUUUGUCAGGUCAUGUCUGGUUCCUUUUAACAAAUUCUGUUUGAGGCCUUUUGUUCUUUUUGUAUACAGCAUUCAUCGCAUUAUCAAUAUUUGUCAUUUAUCUCUAUCCUCAUUCUAAACUCUUCUUUCUGCCCAAGUUGAAAAUAUUUAGAUAAAACUGGCAGCUUCUUCACACUGAACUCCUACUAGGCAGCGAUCCACUGUCACCUAAAAUAAACCUUGUCUUACCACUGUUCACAUACAUGAACUACUGAUUACUUGGCUGCCUUUAUGCUCACUGAUCACUUUAUUAGGUACACCUGUUACACUGCUUUUAAAAGGGAAAUAUCCAAGCAGCCCAUCACAUAAUAAACUCCCACUGUGGGAGUAGUCUGCUCUCAAUGUCUUAGCUGCUCCUCACUUGCUCCAAAAGUCCAUAAAAAGGGCCUCCAAACUUUUUUUUUUUGCAUGAAGAGGUUAGCAAUGGCUUAACAGUGUUGAAAAAAAAAAAAGUUUUUUUUUACACUUUCAGCCAGUUUUUUAUUCUUUAAACCUGUGGGGAAAAUAGGUUAAAGUAGCAAAAAAGGUUCUAAAUGCCAAACAUAUGUUCAAAGUGGAUAAAAAGUGGUUUAAAAAGGGUUACAAGUGGCAUAAACAUGGUGAAAGGUGUUAAAAAGUGGCAUGACAAAACCAUUCCAGCAUCAGACCCCAUAAUAGAUUUAUGAAGUUUUCAGCUCCAAAAUGAGGGAACUGUUUGCAAGGAUACUAGCACUAAUGCUACUGCUCCAGCACACAUUGUCAAUAAAUCACAAAUUCAUAGGGACCAAUCACAGGGGUUUUUCAGGAGCCCUUUCUCAAGGUUUGUCAGGCGCCCAUCAAAUUCCAUGGGCAGACCUGAGUGUACCUAAUAAAGUGAUCGUUGAGCCUUAGAGUUAUUCAUUACACAGUUUCUGCCAGUCAGAUUAAAUGCAUACUUUUUACAGUGGAGUUGAAAUAAAGUGCAUGUAGUAAAAAUGUAUAAACAGUUUCUUUAUUCUAUUUUUUCAAACAAUAAAUAAAACAUUUUAUUCUGAAAA